UAAUAAACCCCAUUAAGUUUUCUUAAUCUUAUAUAUAGAGCUACCAUUUGUACAUUUGGAUAAGGCAUAUAUCAUUUGGUCCUUAAUUAAACGACAUUUUUGUUUAGAAGUUAAUUUCAUUAUAAGAUAGUAAUAAAGAUAAACUCCGAUCCCUAGUUCAUUCGAUUAAUGGCGGAUCUACAAAUCGUUCCGGCUUACAAGAGUGUAGAGCCUCAAUAUGUGGAGAUGAAGGUUCCUUUGUAUUCUUUUGGGUGUGAAAGAAAGGUGAAGAAGGCUUUGAGUAACUUAAGAGGAAUAUACUCGGUAAAUGUAGACUAUGCGGAACAAAAGGUGACAGUGUGGGGAAUAUGCAACAAGUAUGACGUGCUAACAACAAUCAAGAAUAAGAGAAAAGAUGCUGAAUUUUGGAAUCCUGAAGACAACAUCAAAUUAGAAGAAACAGGAGUUUACAAGAUUAGAAGAAAUGCUAAUAACAAUAGUAGUAAUGCCAUUUUGACCAAAGCCAAGUCUUUUAGUUACAGAGCUCUAAGAAAAGUAUUCAACAGAACCCACUCUUUCUAACUUUAUGUUUACAUAGAUUAAGCAAUCUAAUCUUAUCUAAUCAUAUCAAUUCCUACGUAAACUCAUGAGCUAUAUUUCUUAACAAAAAAUAAAUAAAUUUGUUACCACUA